AGAGAGAGACUGUAGUACUCAAGUGGGUGUCACUAUACAGCAUCAGUUCAGGGAGAAGACUGUUCAUUUUGCAGGAACGUAUAAGCAACUUUUUAUAAAAAUGGGUUGUCUGGAGUUCCUCAAAGACUUUGUCCUGGGUUUCUGGGACUAUGAGACUCCGAAAGUGAUGGUGGUGAAGGACAGAAAACUAGGAGUCAUAUACAGAGCUGUGCAGUUCCUGGUCAUCACAUAUUUCAUUUGGCAUGUAUUUAUCAGUCAGAAAGCGUAUCAGGAGACGGAGACGCGUCCAGAGAGCUCGGUGUACACUGAGAUGAGAGGUGUGGCCAUGCUGGAAGACAGCGUUCAGGACACAACAGAAUACGUCAGACCAUCUGAGGGUGGUGAUGUCAUCAGCACAAUUCUUAGAAGAGAAGUGACGCAUGAUCAGACGCAGGGCACAUGUGCAGAGCAUUACAGUGUUGCCAAUGCAAACUGCACACAAGAUUCUGACUGUGCUAAAGGGGAAAUAGAUUUUGAUGGUCAUGGUCAAAGAACUGGACGGUGUAUCCCGUACUAUAAUGACACAUUCAAGACCUGUGAGAUCAAAUCCUGGUGUCCCAUUGAGGAAUAUGCUGUUGUCAGAGAACCCGCUUUGGAACAGGCCAUUAAUUUCACCGUGUUCAUAAAGAAUGCCAUCCAUUUCCCAAAGUUUAAAGUUCUGAGGGGCAACAUCAAACCAAACAAGCCAAAGAAAUUGUUACGGUGCCAUUAUCACCCAAAAACCAACCCGUAUUGUCCGGUGUUCAGCCUGGGCUUCAUCGCAGCGCAGGCCCGAGAGAAAUUCAGCGAACUUUGCAGAACGGGUGGAAUAAUUGGUGUGUUCAUUAACUGGAAGUGUGAUUUUGACUCGGAUCCGUCAAAGUGCAUUCCAACGUAUUCAUUCAGAAGACUGGACAUGAGAAAAAACCUGCCCAGCUCAGGAUAUUACUACAGGUUUGCAAAAUAUUACCAUAAGGAUGGCGUGGAGUACAGGACACUCAUAAAAGCCUAUGGGAUUCGCCUGGAUGUCAUUGUUCAUGGACAUGCGGGACGAUUUAGUCUAAUUCCAACCAUCAUCAGCACAGUCACGGCCAUGACGUCAGUAGGAAUUUGCUCUAUCAUCUGUGACUGGAUCAUGCUGACGUUUAUCGAUAAGAAUGAAGUCUUCAGCGAAAAGAAGUUUGAUAAUAUCUCCAAGAAACCCAGUCAGCCAAUCACUACAGACCUCACGCUUACAAGCUAUGGCUCCACCCACUCGGACCUCUCGGACGGCGUGCCAUUAUAAAACAUCCUGCCAUCACCGAAAACUCUCCAGUGACGGCAUGCUGCCAAAUAUACAGCACAGUAGAAUACUUUUACAAAAAGAACAGGAUAUUUUCCUGUCGUAGGAACAAUAAGUGUAGAAAUCAGCACAAAAUGUCAUAUCUGAAUCUAGAAAAGCUUCAAAAACACGCAAAACCAAGUAUCUGUCAAGCUUUGCUUCAAUAAAUGUUAAACAAUGAU